AUGGGAAAGGGACACGCGCUAGUUGAAGACCAGCCAGCAACCCCACCACGCCACCCCGGCGCCUUAUCUUCAUCUCGAGAUCAACGACAGAACAAAACGACAGGAAAAGACAAACUGAAAGCCAACGUAUUCUUCUUAGCUCUCAUAGGUAUUGGUGGUUGGAUUCACUCCAGUGCCUCUGUCAACGUCGUCAAGACCCUUACGCCUACACCCCACUACCGACCCCAGAACCCCAAGGUUUCUGGACGCGCAAAGCAGACACCAAGAACGAACUGCGAGGAACCUAUUCCAGUCUGCCAAGGAUACCAAAGAAUCAUAAUCACCAGAAGGAUGGCCGCAGUCCCGCAUUCCCUCACCGACCCCUCCGCCAGUCGCAGCUCCUCAGCGUCGCGACAGGUCCCCCUCUCCCAUGGUCGAGGCGGCGCUGGCAAUAUCGGCAGCAAUAAUGCAGACCUCGACCCCGUAACGUUGGAGACGCCUACUAUCAAGAGCGAUGUAUACACAACAGGUCGAGGAGGCAGCGGCAACAUGGCCAAGAACGAUGAUCCGGAGGAGGCGCGGCGGGCACAGGAUGUGGUUGGACACCCACGCCGCGAAUCCAACUCCUCAGCACACGUCGGCCGCGGCGGCGCAGCCAACGUUUUCCGGCCCAGUCCCGAGGAAAUCGCACAGGCUACGCGGGAAAAUACUCGCUGGGAGAGCCCAGUGGCUGAUGAUGAGCACCGCAAGUCGAAGGCUGCAGAGAAGGGGUUGGCGGAUAAGGGGAAAGAGUGGUUGUUUGGGAAGAAAUGA